AUGGGUGGAGUUGAUAUGGUAGAUCAGCAGCUUCAUAGUGUGAGUGUGGUCAGGAAAACGUACAAAUGGUACAAAAAGAUUGCACUGAGGUUGUUUAUGCAGUGUGUUCUGAGUGCCCACAAACUUCACCGCAAAUUCACCCCAUCUACCAAAGUUUUUCUAGCUGACUUCAAAGACCUCCUUACAACACUUUUGUGUUCCAGCCCUAAACUGAACAAAGAUGUAGCAGGAAGAGAAACUGUACACAGGCUAACAGGGAAGCACUUCCCGAAAAAAAGAGAGGAAAAAGCUGGAAACUCUAAGAACAAGAAAGACAAAAUGUGUUGUGUGUGUUGGGCACGUGGACUUCGCACCAAAGCUGGUAGAGAAAUAAAGACAGUGUGGAUUUUCCCUGAUUGCCCAAGUGAGCCAGGUCUCCAUGCGGACAAAGACUGUUUCAGAACCUAUCACACAAAAUUAGAUUACUCGAAAGGCCAUGACGGAGAGGAUAAUCAGGAUACAUCUGAUGAAGAUGAGUAA